AGGAACCCAUCUCAACUCAAACACUCUCUAGUGGUAGCUCACAAUGGCAGGCACAAAGCUAAUAUCAGUGGGGCUCAUUGUCCUGAUGAGCAUAGGAUUAGCCAAUGCUGCAAGGGUGGCUAGAUACUCUAGUUCUUAUGGGACUGGCACAGGAGGGGGAGAUGGUGGUGCACUUGGGAAUGCUGGGGGAUCAGGGUCAGGGUCUGGCACCGGAUCUGGUGAUAGCGGUCCUUAUGGUGCACAUGCAAGUGCUGGAGGGGGUGGUGCAGGUGGUGGAACUAGCCAAUACGGGGUUGGAUAUGGUUCAGGGUCAGGAUCAGGUUCAGGGUCUAGUACAUAUAGUCAAGGCGGGUAUUCUGGUUAUGGAGAAUCCACUAAUGCUGGUGGUACCGGUGGGGGUGGGGGUGGAGGACAAUCCGGAUAUAAUUCCAAUGCUCAAGGAUCUGGUAGUGGCACUGGUUCUGGCUCUAGCUAUGCUAACAGGUUUUGGUCCGGAUCAAGUGAUGCAGGUGCAAGUGCUAGUGGCAAUGGUGGUGGCACAGGAAAUACUCAAAAUGCUGGGGCUGGCGGUGGCUCAGGUGCCGGAUCUGGAUACGGCAAUGCCUACCCCUGAGUUGCAUAUGAGCCAAUCUAAAGUUGGAGCCCAUCGCCCUUCUUUAAUUUGUUUGAAGUCAUAUAGUUAUUUAUUUUCUUUGUCCCCUUUGUUACACUUUUGUUAGAAAUUAAUUAAUAAAGGGUCCAACUAUUGUAGCAAUAGUAGCAAUCUUGUAAGGUCCAGCUUCUAAGAUGAUGUUGUAAUACUCUGAUUCUGUAACCUUGUGUUGUAAGAAAUUGUUUUGAUGUUUUGAAGUUU